UUGUAUAAUACUUCCGAGAAUUGUAUCUAUAAAAGCAAGAUCAACUAUUCAGUGAUGUAAUCGAGUUAGUUAAUGUUAAAUUGUAAAGAACAAUCAAUCAAACCCCAUAUCCUGAAUAAUGCUUUAUCUAUAAUUUAGAAUAUCAAUUUAAUUAAACUAAAUGUGUUUAAUCCAAAAACAAACCAGACAUACAAAUACUUAUUAAAUUGGACUUCUGUUGAUGGAAACUAAAGGUAUUGCAUUUGGAAGAAGUGAGCAAAAUUUUUAUUGAUUUUAUAAUUAAAGGGGUCUCUGGCAGCAAAAACUUAAAAAAAUUCCAGUUAUAGAUAUUAUAUCUAUUUAACGCUUAAAUCCUCCGUAUGUUUGAUCGUGUAGUUUUUCCAAAACUUAUUUUAAAAUGACUGUUAAGGUCACACUGAAAAAUCAUAAAUACAAAUUAUUAACAGAGGAAAUAAAAAUAGCUUUGGUAACCAUUGUUUGUGGGUGUUUGUAUGUCUACUGCGAAACUCUGUAUUUGAAUUGUGGUCAUAAAUAUCCAACCAAAGAGACAUCAAGGAAGUUAAUGAGUUAAUAUUUGAGCUGAUCGGGUCGUAGCUGGAGGCGGCAGAUGUAGUUUGACUAGAAGCAACUGAUUCUAUGAUAAUAAAACAGUUUCAGUUCUCUGCACAGGAUGCAUUAGAUAACACGGUUAUGCUUAAAAUAAUUAUGCUUAAAUAACUUUAUAUAGUUUUUAUCCUGUGUGUUGUACUAAGUCUAGAGUCUAUAAGUAAAUAUUAAUUAGUAAAGAGGCAAUGAUUCGUUCCUUGUAUGAGCCAAUAGGAGUCAUCUGGAUAUCUUCCAACCUUUCAGCAAAGUCAAGAUCUAACAUAUUAUACAGGAUAUGCAAUAACCAUUACGUCACACAUCCAGCGUUCCAUCUCGCGCUGGCAAACAACGUGGUUGUUUUGAAGUUUGUAGAACCACGGUUUCAUAUUUAGCUCAUAGUUUCACACCUCCUAACCACCAGGCUUCAUAAGAAUCAUCUAGACAAAUCAUGCCACAAUGUCAUAAAUAAAUGUCUUGAUAGCAUAUGAUUGCAAACCAAGAAUAAACAAAUAAACAAAUGGAAUCAAGUGUAUUGCCCUUGAUUUGGUUGAAAACCUACAGCCACACCAGGCCUUUGCUGGAUAAGAUAGAAGUGCCUGGUUAUGUCUAUGGGCCUGUAUCAUUUCUCUGUAGCAGAAUAGUUGAUCAUAUGAUCACCAUAAUUUCUUAAAGGUACUAUUGGGCACCUUUUAGGCACAACCUGUAACACGCCACCAUGGUCAAUUAACUGAUUUGGGUGAUGUAACCUUGUGCAGCAUCAUACAGUAUGUAAUCUGGUAAAGUCGGGCCCCAAACCUUUAAAAUUCAUUCCAUCAAUGAUAAUGUAAGUGUUCUACAAUUGCUCAAUGUAUACUUUUAUACUCUUUUGAGAACAUUUUAGGAUGAGAGAUGCAUUGGAGCCAUUGAAUGAGGUGCAUAUUUCCUGUAGGAUACUUCCCACCGAAAUUAAUAAUAGGCCUGUGUAUCCUGUGUAUUCUGUGUAUAUCCUGGACUGCUUAGUCACACUAAUGAGCUGGCAUGUCACUUCAGUGGGUGCCAAAUUUGUCCUGACUGUGUCUCUUUAGUACAGCACUACUCCCAAGUGUUCAGGGUCAACUAUUAUUCUGCUUCAGAGACUGAUUCUGCAGAUACUAAAGUGUCCUGCAGUUACCAGUAUGAUAAACCACUGGGUGCUUCUCUCAGCCUACAUUAUAACCUUCUUAAUCGGCCUACCAGCCAAUAUCCUGGCCAUUUAUGCAUUCAUCAGGAAGCUUAGAAAAAAACCCACACCCACGGACGUCCUCCUGCUGAACCUGACCCUCUCCGAUUUGCUCUUUUUGUUUUUCCUACCAAUGAAGAUGUAUGAGGCAGCAUCAGGCCUUCAAUGGAAACUUUCCCAGACCAUGUGCUCUAUCAUGUCAUUUGUAUUUUUCAGCACCAUCUACACCAGCUCUCUGCUCCUGAUGGCUGUCAGCAUUGACCGCUACUUGGGAGUUUCCUUCCCAGUGACCUACAUGAAGUUUCGUAAACUUCUUUAUGCCAUCAUUGGCAGCAUUUUCAUCUGGCUGUUCAGUGGUGCACACUGCACCAUUGUGUUUUUUGUCGUCCAUAUGGGCACGGGGAAUAGCACUGAACAAAUGACCACCUGCUACGAGAAUUUCACUAAUGACCAGAAAAGAAUUGUUCUGCCAGUGCGCCUGGAGUUUUUUGUGGUUCUUUGUUUGUUGCCCCUGGUUGUAUGUGUCUUCUGCUAUCUCAACUGCAUCUGGAUCCUUUAUCAUAGGCCUCGCAUAACAAAGGAGAAGAAGCAGCGGGCCAUUGGAAUGGCACUGGGCACUUUGAGUGUCUUCUUGAUUUGCUUUUUGCCUUAUAACAUAUCACAUCUGGUGGGCUUCAAUACUAAUGAAAGCCCUCCGUGGAGGUACUACACACUGCUCCUAAGCACCUUCAACACCUGCCUGGACCCCAUCAUCUUCUACUUCUCCUCAAGCAUUUAUCGCAACACCACUAAACACUCCCUUUUGAGAGUUUUUUCAAUUCGUCGCCGUCUAGGCUUGAACACCUCUCCCAAGUUAAAAGAUGAAGGAGAUUCAAACUCUGACAAAGAACUUGGCCAUCACAAUAGUAACGACAAAAACAAAAGGGAUCCUACAAAAGCUACAAUGACUAUACCUGAAACUUAAACUUUCCGCUGGAAAUACAUAUUUUUUAGCAAAUCCGUCUGCUGUGGUGCAUUCUAACAACCGAAAUUGAAAAGUUUCGAUUUAUUGUUUUUGGUGAAUUGUGCACAUUACUAACCUGCAGAUAAAAGGUAUAAACAUUUAUCUCUGAGUUGCUUCGACUGUGAGAAGAGUCACUGACAACCUUUCGCAUUUAGUUCAGCCUCAAACAGAUUUUAUGAGACUUAUGUCACAAAUUCUACCCGUUGUUUAUUGCAUUUGAAAAAACAGCACCGCUGAAUUCUCAGAAACAAUCAGAAGGUCUUGACAGUAGUUCUGACCUCAAGGUGAAUCAGAGGUUUAUAUAAUGUUGCUAGUUCUAGUAUUUUAUAACAUCUACAGGGACUUGUAUGCCAGAUGCGCCACAGGUUUUCAGAAAAAGACGACUUUUAUAGACGACUGGAUAAUUAGUUCACUUUGCAAUUAUCUGAAUCUCUCUCUCUCUCUCUCUCUCUCUCUCUCUCUCUCUCUCACUCUCACUCACUCACUCACUCACUCACUCACUCACUCACUCACUCACUCACUCACUCACUCACUCACUCACACACACGGUCACAUAGCUUCUACUUAUAUUGGCCUCAGAUGCUUCUGCUGGUGAUAGACAGUAUUUAGAUUGCUUUUUCUAGGCAGUAUGAAGAUGAAUAUUUAAUGGAGUGCAAGAAGUCCAAAUGUAAUGUCUUUUUUUAUGCUUUUAUAAGCCAUUUUCCCCAGUUUUCUCAUUUUUGAC